GGUGGGCAGCGGGAGGGGACGGGGAUGGACCGACCCUCGGGUUGUGCAGAUGAGGGCUCGGCAAGGUGUGGCGAGUAAGAAUUCCAUUCCCUGGCUCCACACCAGAUUCCAUACCCUCUUCUCCAUCGACUCCCCCUGUUCGGGGCUUGGAACUGGAAAAACAUCCAGGGAGGGGGGCUGUCCAGCUCUAAAACCAUUUGUCCAGAGACCCUCAGAUUCUAAUCUUGAAUUUGAAGGCUCCCGGGCAAGUUCGUUCUUAACUUCUUGGAAUAGUUAGAGGGUGCGAGGGUGCCUAAGUGUGGUAGAUAUAGGCCUUGGGACGUGCAGCAUGAGGGGGGAAGGAUCCAAGUGUUAAGCCUCCAUCCCCCCUCCCCGCCCCUUCUAGUGGGGUGCUGAGGCUCGGGCAGCAUGACGACGGAGACCUUCGUGAAGGAUAUCAAGCCCGGGCUCAAAAAUCUGAACCUCAUCUUCAUUGUGCUGGAGACAGGCCGAGUCACCAAGACAAAGGACGGGCAUGAGGUUAGAACUUGUAAAGUGGCAGACAAAACGGGCAGCAUCAAUAUCUCUGUCUGGGAUGAUGUGGGCAACCUGAUCCAACCUGGGGAUAUUAUCCGACUAACCAAAGGCUAUGCGUCAGUGUUUAAAGGCUGUCUGACACUGUACACUGGUCGUGGAGGUGACCUUCAAAAGAUUGGCGAAUUCUGUAUGGUUUAUUCUGAAGUUCCUAACUUCAGUGAGCCAAACCCAGAGUACAGCGCUCAGCAGCCACCCAACAAGACGGUGCAGAGUGACAGCAGCCCUACAGCUCCCCAGCCACCUGCGGGUUCCCCUGCUACUCCUCCAGGUAAACUUGUUUCCACUUAUCCACUAGUCAUCAUCCUAGCUCCCCUUUCCUCCCCAGCCUUGAAGGAUGAUGUGUUUCCCUUCUCCCUUUUCCUAACCUCUCUUCUCAGUCUAUCCUCUUCCACCUAUUUUGUUUUUGUCAGAGCACUGCUCAGCUCUGGCUUUUGAUUCGGGCCAGGAAUU